GUGUGUGUGUUUUUGAGUCUGUUGGAGGCUCGUCGAGCAGCAGCAGAAGGAGGAGGAGGAGCAAGAGGACUUGAAAACUUCACUGCGUCCAGCUGGAUACAUUUUCAUCCGGGGGAGAUUUCUGCGUCCUGUCGGAGCCGAGUCGGCACCUUUGUAGUCCAGCUGUGUCCGUCAGAGAGAGGGACCGGUCCGGUACUCAUCGCUGGAACCAUUUCCGGCGUCCAACAUGGAUGAUUUAGAUGCUUUGUUGGCGGACCUUGAGUCCACAACAUCCCACAUUUCCAAAUGCUCACUCUUCCUGUCUGACGAAGCCGCCUACUCCCUGCCUGUUGGGGGUCAGGACCAGAAAGGCAUCAGCUCUCCGCCGGAGAGAAGUCUGAAUGGAGUAGAUGAUUCAGAGUCCUUCAGCUCAGCUCAGAAAAGUCAGUGGUCUAGAGAAAGCAGCAGUCCAAACCAACCCAGUGGAGAGGAGGACCACGUUUACAGUUUCCCUAACAAGCAGAAGACCAGCGAGUCGUCAUCAUCACCGGCUGCCAUGAACUCAUCACUGGGCAGCAACCUGUCUGAACUGGACCGCCUGCUGUUGGAGCUCAACGCCGUCCAGCAGAGCACCCCUGCCUUUCCCACAGAAGUAGCUCCACCACUGCCGGCAAGCAGCACUAUCCGCCACAUCCAGGAGAAUGGGCUCUCUGCUCCUGGUAGAAUCCCUCCACCUACCCUGGAAAAGCCGAAGCAUGUCGUAGCAGCGCGAGGAAUACAGGACGCACGGCCGAGUGUGGAGAGCCUUCUGGAUGAGCUGGAAAGCUCGGUGCCCACACCCAUUCCCACACCCUUGGUCGUCUCAGAUGAUGGACAAGCGGAGACCCUGUCUCAGCAACAAGCCAGAAUGUCUGCGUCCUCUGCCACACGAGAGCUGGAUGAACUCAUGGCUUCCCUGUCUGACUUCAAAGUCCAAAGCAAUUCCAGCUCUCAGUUGUCUGUCAAUCAGGAGUGUGGUGACCCUAUUUUUGCCACUGGAUCACCGGUUUCUCAAGCUGUAGCAGGCCCGUCUAUAACUCCUCAGGAUACUCCUCUGCCUCUGGGCUCCACUUUCCCUUCUUCUGCACCUCUUUCAUUGGAACUUCACAUAGAUGAGGAUGGUUGCUCUGUCCCUACAUGUUCAACUGUAAUCACAUCUUCUAAGAGCCUUCAGUUCUCCCAAAUCCAGCAGAAAGAUCAUGAUGGAAGUGUCACGUCUGAGGUAUGUUUGGAGAGCUUCAGUGUCUCCAGUUCUUUGAAGGAUCCCACCCAAGCAGAACUUGGCAGUCUUGCUCAUACUUCGGUUACAAAAGCGUCUCCAUGUAAAGAUACUGCUGGCAGGAGCUCCAGUCCAGCCACUGUACCCAAGAGUCCAGUUACUCAGUCUAAAAUCCAUAGUACCACUAAAGCAAAAAAUCCCAGUUCUGCUGAUAUAAAAUCUAAAAGCUUUGCCUCUAAAAGUCUUAGUCCUCAAGUAGUUACAAAGAGUGAAAGUCCAGUGAUGGUGUCCAGCCCUCUGGAUGCAGUUCCAAGGACAUCUAGUCCCAUAACCGUUCCUUGGCUUUCAAGUCCAGUUCCAAAAUGUCCAAGUCCAUUGACCAUCCCUGCUCUCUCUAGCUCACUAUCUAUCCCAAGAAGUGCUAGUCCUGACACAGCUGGACGAAGUUCUAGUCCUGUGACUAUUCCAUUUCUUUCUAGUCCCGUUCCAAAGACUGCAAGUCCUUUGACUCUUCCUAAUAAAUCCACUUCUCUAGUUUUACCCAAAAGCUUUGGUGCUGAAGCAAUCCCAAGAACUUCCUCCCCAGUAACACUUCCAAGGCUUUCAAGUCCAGUAACAGUUCCAAAAAUGGACUCUUGGGUUCCUAAUGGUAGUCCUCAACUCUGCAGAAAAACAUUCACUACCUCAGGCACCAGUAGCCCCAGAGCUUCUCCAGUGUCUCUUGCCACAGUACCAAUGAACACCCUAUACUCCCCAGAAAACACAGGAGAUGUCUUGGAUUUAACAUGGCCAUGCCGGGAACCUUUACUGGACGAUACCUUAGAUAAAAUCCUCACUCCUGAUUCUAAAAGACUGAUUGAGAACCAGCCUCCUGUCUGUGUCGUACCUGGCGAUGAAGACAAAUCCUGGGAGGAGGAAGACGGACUUUACCCUGAGUAUAGCAGAGAGGGAACCUUGACACCCAUGACUGAGUCCAGCUGGAUUGAUGAGUGCUUCACUCCCUCCUCCUGCCCUGGGACACCAGAUGCAACGCUGGACUUGCCAGUACAGCAGCCCUCCACUGUGGAUCGACUGUCGGCUUCCGGUCAACUGAAGUCGGUAAUCCGCCGCACCAAAGAGACGUCCAAUGUACAUCCGAUGUACAGGGAGGGAUUGCUCAGACGUAAGAUGGGACCAAUUAUUGUUAAUAAAAGCAACUCGCAAGACCGACUCAUUGAGGAGCUGCAGGGCAAGCUGGGGAUUGGGCGAGUGGAGCGCAGGCGGAAGCAACAGCCAGACGAUUGGCUGACUGAGGGAGUCAUCGUUAUGUCUAACCCACAGAGAAUGCGGGAGGAAGGGAUCCAGCCUUCUGUGGAUAAGAUCAUCAUCCCCCCCGAAUCACCUGCCCCACAAAGAAAAGUACUCCCUCCUCCGCAAACUCCCCCACCGCCCAAAAAGCCCCCACCAGUCAAGCAGACACCCCCACCGCUACCCCCUCCACCUCCGACGCCUCCUCCUCCUCGAGAACCCACCCCUCCGCCCCCCAAGGAGCCGACUCCUCCGCCACCCAGGGAGCCCACACCUCCCCCCGUUCUCCCCACUCCAUCACCUAGCCCCCCACCCAAGCCCAUCACACCACCCCCACCUCCCAAGGUGUUUGUAUCAGUGGGUUGUCAGACUGAGUACGACCCCAUCUUCCCACCAUUGCAGAUCCAGUCACAGGGCAUCCAGUCAGCCAGUGCUCCUACAAAACCAGCCAACAAGUUGGACAACAUGCUGGGAAAUCUGCAGUCUGACCUCAACAAACUCGGCGUCCAGACCAACGCUAAGGGAGUUUGCGGUGCCUGCAAGAAACCGAUUGCUGGACAGGUGGUGACUGCCAUGGGCAGAACGUGGCACCCGGAGCACUUUGUGUGUACCCACUGCCAGGAAGAGAUAGGCUCCAGGAACUUCUUUGAGCGUGACGGGCUGCCUUACUGCGAGAAAGACUACCACAACCUGUUCUCGCCGCGAUGCCACUACUGUAAUGGACCCAUACUGGAUAAAGUAGUGACAGCUCUGGACAAGACCUGGCAUCCAGAGCACUUCUUCUGUGCUCAGUGUGGAUCCUUUUUUGGCCCAGAAGGUUUCCAUGAAAAGGAUGGAAAGGCGUUCUGCAGAAAGGACUACUUUAACAUGUUUGCUCCUAAAUGUGGCGGCUGCAACCGGGCCAUCCUGGAGAACUACAUCUCUGCCCUCAACUCACUCUGGCACCCAGAGUGCUUCGUCUGCAGGGAGUGCUUCACGCCGUUCAUAAACGGCAGCUUCUUCGACCACGACGGCCAGCCGUACUGCGAGGCCCAUUACCACGAGCGCCGCGGCUCCCUGUGCUCCGGCUGCCAGAAACCCAUCACCGGCCGCUGCAUCACCGCCAUGGGCAAGAAGUUUCACCCGGAGCACUUUGUGUGCGCCUUCUGCCUCAAGCAGCUCAACAAGGGCACCUUCAAAGAGCAGAACGACAAGCCGUACUGCCACGGCUGCUUUGUCAAACUCUUCAGCUAGACCGCAUGUCUGCUGUACGUGCAGUGAGUGCGACAGUACGAAUGCACAAGGGGGAUUAAUGCACACGUACGUGCAUCUAAAACGCAAUACAAUGAGGGUAGAAAUGUUUCUAUCAGGGAUGACACUGAAAGGGACUUCCCUGGAGUUGCCACCUUUUACGCUUUUACUAAAGACAUUUUAACAAAGCCCAAAGAGAUUUUCAUUUCGAUUGCUGUUCCUGAGUGUGCCAGGAGCAAGAAAGAAACGUGUUACUUUCUCCUUGGUUGUGUGUAAAUGAUUAAGUUUGAUCUGUAAAGUAUUUUCCCUCCAUUCAGCAGGGCAAGACCUUGCAUCACUUGGUGGUUGGCCUGUGUUGACAUGGUUUUCUGCAGAUCUGAGACAGCUGCCUGGCUGCAUGGGCCACUGGGAGUAAAUAUAAACAGUUUUAAAGUACUACGAGUGUUUUGGCAAGCACCGUUUGGACACUGAGUGGUUAUCAAAGAUGUAUUUUUGUAACUUUGGAAAUUUCUGAGGUGCCAUUUGGAAUAACUGAACCACUUUUUUGAUAUGUAAAUGUACACAGACACGUUCCGCUUUCUUCUCCAACAUCGAGCUGUUUGAUCACUUCAACUUCAAAUCUGACAUCCUAUAAAUGUGUUUCAUAUGUCCGUGUCAGUUAGUUCUUAUUUUUCUACAGAUUUCAUAGGAAAACAAGUAUUUUUCAUUUUCAACACACCGUUUGACUUUUUAAAAUAUAUAUUAAGCAAAAUAGUUAAAUCAACAUUGACAGCUUAGAUGUAAAAAUGGAACCUAAAAUUAUCUUGGAAAAUCCUGAUCAGUCCAUCUCUAACCCUAACUUUUAUCAAUUUAAAAAAAAAAAUUAAAUAAGAGUGCUGAAGAAUAUUUCAAUGGUUAUGCAUGUCUGGUAGAAAAUGGUGGAAGCUCAAUGCCUACAACGAAUAUAAUUUAAAAUCCAAUUUUUCAGAAUUUGACCUGCUGACCAUGGAACGAAGCAUCCAACCUUUGGACAAUCAAUCUGCAUCGUUUUUAGCACAAUAAUUUCCAGAAAAAUGUACUGAGCUAUACUUUGUUUUAAAUUUAAUACAUCAUCAUGUGUGUUGUGUCAUUUACAUUCAUAAUGAGGAUGUAAAAACUUGUGUUUUUGAUCUACUUAAAAAUAUUUUUAAAAAAUCACAUGGUGAGAUCUGUUUUAAACUGCAGGUGCAUUUUAUGAGGAAAAACAAUCUAAAAUUGUUUCGAAAUGGAUAUUUUACUGCUGUACUCGCAGUUAUUCGACUAUAGAACUAUAUUUUUAAAAUAUUUUCAGCAUUUUACAGUUUCGGCUUGUGUGCGUUUAUCUCGGUUUUAAAUGCAUCUUUACAAACUAGUUAAAGAUGUCCAGUGGAGUUGUGCGUUUUGAUCCGAAGCAUGCAAUUUCUUUUACCUGGAGAUUAACAAGCACCAGCUGAAAGUUGCUGUUACAAUCAUCUACAUUUCUACACCUCGAAUAUGCUGAACCUCGUCGGUUUUGAUCAAAAAUAUGUGUGUGUGUGUGUGUGUGUUUCGGAGCAGGUUUAGGCUCACUCUGGUAUGCAAAGAGCUGGCUCUGUUAGCAUGUAGCCUACUGUAACAUUAGUCGGUCUCAUUCCUUCAACACAGACAGACACAUGACGGAGGAAAUGUAGCCUGCUGUGUUGUGAAUCGUUGUUAUCUUGAGGUAUUGGUUCAAAGGUCACUGACUGAAGCUGGACGCUAGUCUUUACUGGUCAGGAAUCAGAAUAAGACCCUGAAUCAAGGCCAGGCCUUUAGGGGAAAUUUACAUGUCGACCUUUUCUAUCUUUAUUUCAAUCAAAGCCUCUUUUUGUGCGAAAUUAGCCAUUAGAUUUAAGCAUUUUCAGCAAGAUGAUGUCAUUGCCUUCGGUUUUACAGUGUGCAAAAAGUUCAUACAGAAACUCCUGACAUGGGUUGAUUUAAACUGUUUUUCUUGUGCCAAAUGUGUCGAUGCAAUAACGUCUCUGACACUGUGGAGCUCUCAAGCCUUUUCUGUGAUUGUUUUCAUCUUCUUUUUUUUUUUUCCGAGCUAAACUCUGGGAGUCGUGCUGAAUUUUUAACUGAACUAUACACUGUAACAGACGAGACGAGGGGGAGCUUGCUGUUGUUUAGCACACGUUGUUAUGACGUUCACAUGUAGCUGAUUGGGAUGUGAUGGAUGUAGCGGGAGGGGCGCUGGAGGAAAACGUCCCGGGUUUGCUCAUGUUUGUUUAUCUCAUUUUCAAAUUGCCUUACAUUUUCUGCUUCUGUUGGACAAUUAAUAAAGGGGGGGGGGGGGGGGGGGACAACGCUUUUUACUUUUAAUCCAACUAUGUGAACUUUGCUUUGUAAACAGAGUCAACAUUCAUGUAGCGCUUGGCUAUCUGAAUUUCCUCAUGAGCUAUAAAUAUGUGUGGGUGAGGUGCAAGCCUUUGUGGGUUCUGAUUACUGAUUGGUGAGUCUCUGCAAAUAAAAGAGGAAAAGUAUUUAUA